AUGGCCCCCGUUCUCUCGUUUCUCGUCGGCUCUCUGCUGGCCAUGAGAGCCUUUGCUGACCCUUUUGAGAAGCUCAUUAGCGUGCCCGAAGGAUGGCAGCUCCAAGGCCCAGCGUCGGACGCGCACACGAUCAAGCUCCAGAUUGCUCUUCAACAAGGCGAUACCGAAGCCUUUGAGCAGCAUGUCAUGGACAUCUCCACUCCUAGCAACGCAAAGUACGGACAACACUAUGCUACCCACGAGGAGAUGAAGCGCAUGCUUAUGCCAAGCGAGCAGACGGUUACUUCCGUUUCCUCCUGGCUCAAGGCUGCUGGAAUCAAGCAAUUUGAGACUGAUGCCGACUGGGUCACUUUCAAGACCACCGUCGGCGUCGCCAACGAGCUCCUGGGUACCAAGUUCUCGUGGUUCGUGAGCAACGAGGCUACGCCCCGCAAGGUGCUUCGCACACUUGAGUACACUGUUCCGGACGAUGUCGCUCAGCACAUCAACCUGGUGCAGCCCACUACUCGCUUCGCUGCCACCCGUGCAAACCACAAGACUGGACGCGAAAGCGUUCGCAUUGAGCUUUCUUCCGCCGCCGGUGCCAUCAACGCCACUGCUGACUGCAACCGCACAAUUACUCCUCAAUGCUUGAAGAAGCUUUACCAAAUCGACUACACUCCCGACCCUACGAGCGGUAGCAAGGUAGCGUUCGCUUCUUACCUAGAGCAAUAUGCGCGCUACAACGAUCUUGAACUCUUCGAGAAGAACAUCCUCCCUGAGUCUGUCGGCCAGAACUUCACAGUUGUUCAGUUCAACGGUGGCCUCAACGACCAAAACUCUACUGAGGACAGUGGUGAGGCCAACUUGGACAUGCAGUACAUGUUUGGUCUUGCUCAACCCCUCCCCGUCACCGAAUACAGCACCGGUGGUCGUGGCCCGUGGGUCGCUGAUCUGGAUCAGCCUGUUGCGAACUCGAGCGCCAAUGAGCCGUACCUCGAGUUCCUCCAAGGCGUCCUCAAACUGCCGCAAGAAGAGCUUCCCCAAGUUAUUUCCACCUCCUACGGCGAGAACGAGCAGAGUGUGCCCAAGUCCUACGCCCUCACCGUAUGCAACAUGUUUGCUCAACUUGGUUCCCGCGGUGUCACCGUUCUCUUCUCCUCGGGAGACUCUGGAACCGGAUCAGCCUGCCUUUCUAACGACGGAAAGAACACCACUAAGUUCCAGCCACAAUACCCUGCUACCUGCCCCUUCGUUACAUCCGUCGGCUCCACCCAGUUCAUCAACGAGACAGCCACUUUCUUCUCUUCCGGUGGUUUCUCCGACUACUGGAAACGCCCUGCAUACCAGGAUGAUGCUAUCAAGGCAUACUUCCACAAGUUGGGUCAGAAGAACAAGCCUUAUUUCAACCGUCACGGUCGUGGUUUCCCCGACGUUGCCGCCCAGGGUGUUAGAUACGCGGUCUACGACAAGGGUGUACUCAAGGCUUACCAGGGUACCUCGUGCUCUUCGCCUGCAUUCGGCGGUAUUGUUGCUCUUCUCAACGACGCCAGGCUCAAGUCCAAGAAGCCGUCGCUAGGUUUCCUGAACCCGCUGCUGUACUUCAACCCCAACGCGCUCAACGACGUCGUUCUCGGUGGAAGCACCGGUUGUGAUGGCAAUGCUAGGUUCCACGGCAAACCGAACGGCAGCCCAGUCAUUCCCUACGCUAGCUGGAACGCUACUGUUGGCUGGGACCCGGUCACUGGAUUGGGCACGCCUAACUUCCCCAAGCUGCUAAAGGCUGCCACUCCCGGCAGAUACAAGGCUUAA